AAUGGAGUAAAAGCACAAGACGUAGUAAAAAAUUGUAUCGUUUUUGAUCAGUGACGCCGAAACAAAAACUGUGUCAUGGCAACUGUAACAAACACUUUACCUUUGUUAGUUGUCGCAGGUUCCUCUGGUGUAGGUAAAGGUGCCUUGCUUCAACGACUGUUUUCAUUGUAUCCUUCCACCUUCGCCUAUUCUAUCUCGUAUACAACCCGCGCUAAACGGGAAGGAGAAACACAUGGAAAAGAGUACUAUUUUGUAUCGCGGUCUGAGUUUGAAAAAUGCAUUAAAAACAAUGAAUUUCUUGAAUAUACGACUACUUUUGGUAACUAUUAUGGAACAACAUUGGCAGAAGUUGCCCGCAUACAGAAAACAGGUUGCAUUUGCGUACUAGAGGUCGACCUUCAAGGCGUUUCUCAAAUGCAAACCUCGCAAAAAAAAAUCCAAAGCUUUUAUGUUUAUCUUUAUCCGCCGAAUCUACAGACGUUACAGAAGCGACUUGAACAUCGGAAUACUGAAAAUCAGCAUGAAGUCAUCACACGCCUGGAACACUCCAAAAAAGAAUUGGAAUUAGCUAAAUCCAUGCAAUUUGAUUGUGUUCUUCUAAACAAUGAUUUCGAACAAUGUUUUUCUGCAUUACAAAAAAAUGUCCAGACGUUUUAUGCACCCCAUUCAAGUUUACUACAACGACGUGACAUCCUAGGCGAAACAUACAAAAAAGAUGCUAAACCAUUAUGAAAACAAGAAUUACAGUUUUUCUUUAAAACGUUUGUUAAUCAUGUUAAAAAAAUUUCAGCGAGUAUAUUUUUUUUUUAAAUCCCUAAAUAACAACGUAAUCUUUCUAGCAUCUUUCUCUGUGUUCAGUAAACGAAGCUAAAGAUUGCAAGUUUUUUCGGGUAACCCGGAAACAGCUUGUCAUAACCCUUCUUUAUGUUCAACCGUUACUUUGAUUGUGUCUCCUUAACUGGUUUAGCUUUAAUAGUUUUGUGUAAGUCGGUACUCAAAUGGAAGCGGAGUUCACGUAUACAGAAGAAAACUGUUUAAAAUUAAUUUCUGUAGAUAAAACAAAUACUGUUGCUUCGUGUUUUUCACAAAAAUUUUUUCUCUACGAAUUCCUUCGAUUAACUUGCUAUUCUUAUUGUAUUGUCAUGCUUCAUUAAACAAAAGAUAUUGUGAAAAAA